GAGAGAGUGGCUGGCUUGCUUGUUGUAGUGGGGGAAUAGAGGAUUUUACCAUCCGUGUUCACUUCCCGUAGCAAACACAGCAGUCAGCUGGUGUGGAAACAACAGCCCUCACCUGCUCUAUCUGGUGCCACUGACAGUGGAAAGGACCUGGAGGCUCUGUUGGGGUGGAGGGAUGUUUCACACGCUGUAUGAGUGGUUCUGGUGGGACAGAUUGUGGCUGCCAGUGAACCUGACAUGGACAGACCUGGUGGACAGAGAUGACCGGGUCUAUGCCAAAGCCUCACAUCUCUACGUCACUGUCCCCUACGCCUUUGUCUUCUUAUUCAUCAGAUACCUGUUUGAAAGGUGGAUAGCAACACCACUCGCAGUCUCUGCUGGGAUCAAGCAGAGGGUCCAUCUGAAAGCAGAAGACCACCCCAUCCUGGAACUCUACUACACUACUCAGAGUAGGAAUCCUGCUCAGGCAGACACUGAUGGGCUGUCUAAGAAAAGCAGUUUGUCAGUGAGGCAAGUUGAGCGCUGGUUCAGGAGAAGACGCAGUCAGGACCGUCCUGGAGUCCUGAAGAAGUUCAGAGAGGCCAGUUGGAGGUUUGUCUUCUACCUGUUGGCGUUCAUCGGAGGAAUAGCAGCACUGUAUGAUAAAGAAUGGUUUUAUGACACUCGGGAAGUAUGGACAGGUUUUCCAAAGCAGUCCAUGCUGGAGUCUCAGUACUGGUAUUAUAUUUUGGAGAUGAGCUUCUACGGCUCUCUUCUCUUCAGCAUUGCCUUUGAUGUCAAGAGAAAGGACUUUAAGGAGCAAAUCAUCCACCACUUGGCCACACUGAUCCUCUUAUCGUUUUCCUGGUGUGUCAACUACAUUCGUGUUGGAACGCUGGUCAUGCUCUGCCAUGAUGCCUCUGAUGUUUUACUGGAGUCUGCCAAAUUAUUCAACUAUGCCAAAUGGGAGAAAAGCUGCAAAACUCUUUUUGUUCUGUUUGCCAUAGUGUUUAUGGUAACACGGCUGAUCAUCUUUCCAUUCUGGCUGAUCCACUGUACCUGGGUUUACCCCGUCCACCAUUACCCUGCCUUCUUUGGCUACUACUUCUUCAAUGUGAUGCUGGUGGUCCUCCUCUGUCUGCACAUAUUCUGGGCCUACCUCAUUCUCUGCAUGGUCAGGAAAUUCAUCUUUGGCACUCUGACCAGAGAUGAGAGAAGUGACAAUGAAGAAGAGGAGGAGGAAGACAGCAGCUCAACAGAGGACGAAGGCGCAGAAGAGCACAAGUUUGGCAACGGACUGGCAGCUGACGAGAAGGACAUGAACGGCUUUAGAUGUUUGUCUCCACCAGAGAACAUCUGCCGCUCAAAGACUGUGUACUGACCCAGGCUCAGUGUGAUCAGUGGAGCUGAAGAUGUGAGAGACAGAACAGUGUGAAAUACAUUUCAUUGAAUAUGGACUGAAAAAUAAGCAGAACCUGAUUUAUUCCUUCAGAUGCUAGAACAUAACCUAACUCAAAUAAGCCUUGCUGUUCUCACAGCACUUUGAACUGCGCACACGUACAGGGACAGAGAGACUUAGAGAUGUUUUUGACUGUCUGUUCCUCCCCAGUGUUGUCAGUGGAAGCAGUUCACUCGACAGCACUGCAGGUCAAAAGAGACCAGUGAACCAAACAAGCAAACCACACACAAACCACACACAAACCACACACAAACCCCACUGCGUGCUCAUCAUCACAUCUAAUUUGUUCCGCAUUGUUUGUGAAGUGCAGAGCUGGUGUUGUGUGGAACAUUCCCCCAGCUGCUGCACCUCGCUGUUUCAACCAGCAAGGCCUGCUGGCCUUUAUAUCAACACUCUGUUGUCUUGCUCCUCUUAUUUAUGGUCACAGGGAGAUGAACCAUCACCACCAUCACCACCAUUUGUGUAUGUGCCCUGUCACCAAGUUCUUAGCACGUCACCAAGAUCCUGGAAUAAUACCACGUGACUGAAGGUUUUCUGUGUGUCUGUUAGUUUGUAGUAAUUUGAUUAAACAUGCACCAUAUGAGCACAACAUAUACCAGAAUGAUAUCUUAAAACUAGAUUUUGACACAGGUCAACUCUGCAAGAUGGGACCACAAGAUAUAGUCCAAAUGCAGUUAAUCUUUUACCAAAACCAACUAACAUGCAGUGAACCUAGGACUUUUGGAGCCCCAGGGAAUUGGAGAUUUUCGUGGAUUUUCCAGCUUUGCAUGUUUGGUAACCUAUCUUUGGGCCCAUUGGUCCAGGAUGUGUUUAACCUGGAUCAUGUGACUGGAAACAUGGAGACAUUUCAGUUGCUAACAAGGCAAAAGAAGUUCAUCAUAUCCUCUAAUUUCUGUAACUACCAUUCAUUCGUCUGCUCAAAUUCAAACUAUAUGUAGAGAGGGAUGGAAAGACAUAUUCUUCUAGUGUGUGCUUUCAGAAUUUUAGUGUUGUUGUUUAGUUUGGUUCAGUAUCUAUUACUGUAGCUCUUUCCAUUUUCACAUACAGUGAGCCAAAGUGAAACAGGAGUUCUGGGUGCUGCUGCAGAUGUAAGAAAACCUUGUUAAAAUACACUAAUAAAAA